CGAUCUUGAAUAGGACAAACUUACAUACAAAGCUUAGAACAUUGAACAUUGAACAUUGAACCGGCCAACUUGGCCUCCUAAUUACUAGAUUACAAGAAACAACAUAUACGACAGCUAAUACAUAUGUUUUACUGCUCGGCAUGUUAAACACGCAAUCACCAAUAUAACGACACGAUGGCGAUUCCCUGGGGGACGAUAAAGUCCCUCCUCAUAUUUUUCGGGCCCAUGCUCCUGCCCAAAGCGAUAAACUACUACCGCUCCGCCCGCGCCGCCCCAGCCGCCGCCGGCGUGUCCGUCCAACCUCUCCCACCAUCCGCGCUCCGCGCCCUCGUCAUCCUCGUCACCACCGCCGCCGUGCUGCUCGUCCGCGCGCUGCCCCCCUUCGCGCCGGAGAACGUGUUCGCGCGCACGCAGUCGCGGCUGCAGAUCCCGACGGACGUGCUCUUCAACCGGCUCGCCUCGCUACGCCCGAACAACGCGCUCGCCCCCGCCGACGCCGUCCUGCGCGCCAAGUUCGUCAACCUCGAGUCGCGCCUGCUGUACCUGCAGCACGGCCCCGACGUCCUCGCCACCUGCCCCUUCUGCACCUCCGACGACCCGCGAUCGUACUUCUACUACGCCCUGCCGGCAUUGCUGGCCCCGCACCUCGCCAACCUCGUCGUCGUCUCCCUCGCCACCUCCGACCUGGUCUCCGGCGUCCACGGACCCAAGUGGCGCACCACGGCUGCCGUAGCGGCUGGACUGGGCGCCGCGCUCGACGCGUACCUGGCCAGCUCGUACAAUUACCAGGCCAACGCGCGCGCGACGCGGCUCGCCGACCUCGACUUCUUCUUCUGGACGGCGCGGGCCGCGCGGCUGGUCACGCUCGCGCUGUCCGAUCUAGCGCUCGCGGCGCUGCUGUACCUGUCGAGCACGAACCGCGCGUUCGCGGCGCCGCCGUCGGCGGCGGAGCGCGUGGAGGCCGUCACGCGCCGGCUCGCCGCGACGAAGAGCCGGAUGAACGCCGUGGGCAUCGUCAAGAACACGGCGAUCCGCGACGAGGACCUGAGGGCCCGGACGCAGGCGUACUGGCAGCACGAGGGCCGGCUCAUGCGCGAGGUCAUGGAAGAAAGGGAGGUGGUCGAGGGCGUGAACGAUGCGUUGGAGAAUCGGAUUAAUAUCCAGGAUAUCACGAGGGAUGCCGACGCGUAUGCGUUGAAUGUGCUGCCGAGGAUGGAGCAGGUUGUUCAGGAGAGUGUUGUGGGGUGAUUGGCUUGGUGAGGCGGGAGGGGGGGUGUAUAGAUACCUGCCUACCUGUAAGCGUUAAUAGAUGGAAUAUCAUUUUGCUUUUAGACUUCAGCUCAGUUCAGUUCUUGUGGUGUUGAAUUUGCGUGUUAUUUUGUGUAAUUGUGUGUGUUUUGAUUAAGUAUCUCGAGUUAAACCUGCGGGUUUACGAGUAGAUGGUAGUUCCAACAGGUUGAUCAAGGUACAUCACAGCAAAGAGUCGA